ACACGCCCUUUCUUCUCAUUUUGACCAAUGAGAGCGAUGCAGAGGCGGACAUUUUCUGACGGACAGCCAAUCUCGUCUCACGUUUGUAAUACGUUUUCGUCGCAUUAGUUACAUCCGGGUGAAGACUUUAGGUGUUUACGUGGUAGCUGCUGGCCGUCGGUGUUCAGGAUGUUCAGGUCGCUUCGGGUGCUGCUGCAGGUGCUAUGGGCCCAGCUGCUCUGUGGGUGGGUUCUGGGCUCCGAGCUAACCUUCGAGCUGCCUGACAAUGCCAAACAGUGUUUCUACGAGGACAUCAUCAUCGGCACCAAGUGUACGCUGGAGUUUCAGGUCGUAACGGGCGGCCACUACGAUGUGGACUGCCGCCUGGAGGACCCAGACGGCACUACGCUCUACAAGGAGAUGAAAAAGCAAUAUGACAGUUUUACCUUCACGGCAGGCAAGAACGGCACCUACAAGUUCUGCUUCAGCAACGAGUUCUCCACCUUCACACACAAGACCGUUUACUUCGAUUUCCAAGUUGGCGAUGACCCUCCCCUCUUCCCCAAUGAGAACAGAGUCACCGCUCUCACUCAGAUGGAAUCAGCCUGCGUGUCAAUCCACGAGGCCCUGAAGUCCGUCAUAGACUACCAGACGCACUUCCGCCUCCGCGAGGCGCAGGGACGCAGUCGGGCGGAGGACCUGAACACCCGCGUUGCCUUCUGGUCUAUCGGAGAGGCGCUCAUCCUGCUUGUGGUCAGCAUCAGCCAGGUGGUCCUGCUUCGAAGUUUCUUCUCCGACAAGAAGACCACCAUGACACGAGUCGGAUCGUAACGGCCUUUGAGCUGCAGGCUCUGGUUGGGUUCAUCACUUUUCGUUUGUACCUGGGCGGGUGUGCGUAGCAUAGAGCGAGUAAGAACGGCAGUGGCGAGGUGAAGGUUUGAUCAUAUCAAUAAGAAAUUUCCUCCUCGGUUCGCUCUGUUGUUCUUACAAAUUUUAUGCGGCUAUGUCUUUUGGGGGGUUGGGGGGGGGGGGUCAAGGGAAGGACAUGAGGGCUUGAUGGUCUGGUUAUUUAAAACAGGUCAAGGUGGUCCUGUGGUUUAAAACAAACCUUAAGUUGUUAUGUUCUUGUUGUAUUUGUGUGGUUUUUUUUGGAUAGUCCUCCAUCUUUUACCCUUCCCUAUCUGCUGCAUUUUCAGAGUGCAAUUUGUAGAAAACCAAAUGAUGGACGUUGGGACAAAAUGUACUCAUAAUGUUAGGAUUUUAUGGAUAUUUCUGCAUCUCUGAAAUCACACUCAAUCCAAAGGGUUCUUUUCCACAAAAGUUUAAUAUGGUCAAAGAAAAAUCUCUUGGAAUUCGACAAACAUUUGUUGUAUUAAAUGAGAUUUGGUUGUUGGUUUAAGUUAUUUGAGUAGACUGUGCCAUAGAGAGACCAUCGUUUCAUACUAAUUUGACACUAUUGUACAAAACUGUGGUUUGGAUAUUUGUCACGCCUAACUAACCAAAUAUCUCUUAAAGGAGUCAUUGGUACAUCUGUUUAAUUUUCAUUUCAAUUUACUCCAUAUUCCAUCAGGAAACUAACUGCUUGAUUUAUCACCAAGGUAAAAUUAAAGAGUUGUUUUAUUUGAAUUGUGCUUUUUGUGUGUAGAGGUGGUGAAGUAAACUAUUUUAAGUCCACAAGCUUCUGCUAUAUUUCUUUCCUUUUUUUUUUCUUUUUUCUUUAGUGGUUUAUGUUGUACUGCCUUUCCUGUUUUAAAGCUUAACAGCAUAUUUAUCCUGUAGCCCGGUGGUGUCUUUUUUUUUUUUUUUAGUUUUAUCCAACGCUGUUGUAAAUUUAUGUUUAAAAGGUAUAAUUUCAACAACAAUAUUUUCAUUAUUACUGGGUUAAAAUUGUAUUUUGACUCUUUGUUGUGCUGGCUAAUUGGAUUGUUUACAAAAUAAACAGUAAAAAAUGGACACAAUCAUUAAAAA